CCAGUCUCAGAUUCCCUGGCAGGGACACGCUAUACUUGAUAUGUAUGAUACGGCAACGGGACUAUUUACAUGAUGUCUACCAUGAAACGAAAACAUGAUGCUGUGCCCCAUACUAUGGUGCAGCGAUUGACUCCACAGCCACGGCUAUCAUGCCAGAAUUGUCGUCAAAAGAAAUGGCGAUGUGAUCGCAAACACCCUUGCAACAACUGCAAGCUACGCAAGGUCUACUGCCAGUUUGACUCCGGACCAGAUCCUCAAGAUCUUCCGACUUACUCAGCAAGACAUGGUACAGCUAGCGAUUCACCUGCUGGCCCCGUGAUCUCGCCGGUAUCUGUAUCCCAAACAGAAGGCGAUACCGCACCAAGCCUCUACCCCAACAACGAUGGAUCCUCUGGCCUAGUGGAUCGAAUACGUAAGCUAGAAGAGGCGGUCUUUGGCAAAGGUUCGACCACACAUGAAACGAAUAGACCAGCUCCAAUCGACCUAGGCUCCAGAACCUCUGGCUUUAGGGCCGAUAAUCAUGAAAGAGGUGGAGGUGGCACUCCUUUCGCCAAGCUAUCUUCUUCAGCAGUACGAGAGCAGAUUGUCGAAUUCGACGACUGCAUGCAAGACCCGAGGCGCAUCUUCGAUUGUCUUCCCCCGGUGGAGCAAGCACGACAACUUUUCGACCAAUUCGUACGAGCUAUUCAACCGACUCUUGGUGUUCUCCAUAUACCGUCUGUGCGGGUUUUGAUGGAGGAGACCUACCGGGAUGUAUCUGAGGGCAAGGAACCGAACUUUACCGUGGUCAUUCUACUCUUGAGCAUAUAUGCCGGCAGCACCCUUGUUGUGACAUCCGAGCUCCUAGAAAGUCUCAAAGCAACAGAGAAAGAGGCUAGGAUUGCCUUCGCCACUUUCACGCGCCUUGCUAUGACUAUGCUAGAUUAUCCUUCGCGACCCGUAGUCCCGUCAACUGUGGCUCUUCUCGCCAUAACGACCCUAUGUCACGUUCUGACACACGCAGACGGAUUCUCCGAGAAGAUGCAGGCUCUCCGUAUGCGCGCAAUCUUCAUGGCACGGUCAAUGCAGAUUCAUCUUCUGGACUCUCCAAAAGGUCAGGAAGAGAGGAAGCGCACAGGGUACGAAAUCGUUGAGAUCGAGGUCCAGAGACGGAUAUGGUGGCAUAUUGUGUCAUCCGACUGGAUAGUAUCACUUUCUCAAGGGCCACAAGAGGGCUCAUACCUACUACACCCAAAACACAUGAGGGUUAAUCUUCCAAGUAAUGUUGAUGACGAGUCACUAGCGACCAGUGAGCCAGACUGCGGGUUGCCCCUUACCACUCCAACAUCCAUGUCCAUCUUCAUCUUGCGUGUUCAGUUUGCCGAGAUCUGCCGGCAGAUUGUUGACGCCUUCUCCUCUAUGUUCCUCGGAGAAAACGAUCUGCCCGAAUACGAUAUAGUCCUUGAUUUAGACCGCAAACUGCACAAUGUCCUCGAUUCCAUGCCGAAUUUCCUUCGGCUGGACCCGGAACAUGUCCAGCAGAGCCGUGAGAUCAUCACGGAGCGACCAUACCUCGCCUGGCAGCGCAUUGUCGGCCACUUAGGCAUCUACACCCGCAUCUGCCGCCUCCACCGUCCAUAUCAUCGUGAAGCCUCAGUAAACCCUCGAUUUGCGUAUUCUCGACAGGCGUGUCUCCACUUCGCUCAGCGGAUCCUUGAUCUCCGCCGCACAAUGGACGAAGCCAGCUCUACCGUCGGCAUGAAGCCCACCAAUUAUUGGAUGGUCAUGCAACAUGUAUUCUUCGCCGCAAUGGUUCUAGCCUCGGACGUGUCAAUGAACCCGGGCAGUCCCGGUGCGGACCGCAGGAAGCAGGACGUUUUAAUAGCGUGCAAGAUGCUAGAGCAAUCGCAGCGCUUGUCAACGAGCCUGACCGAGGCGAUCCGAAGGAAUACUCAGACCCUAAUGUCGAUUCUCCAGAGCACGCAAAAGGAGCAACAACAGCCCCCGAGAGCCAAUCCGGGUGCGACGUCUCAUGCUUUGCCGACAUCUCAAGGAGGUGCAUUCAGUACAUCUCCUAGUCAAUUCUCACACGGAGAGGCGACUAGGAGGGUAAGCGCUGCUGAAGCAGAUGUGCAGCAACUCCACUUUUCCGAUAAUGCUCCUACUGCGGGGAACAAUCACAUGGCGUGGGACGCCACUUCUACUCAACCCGCUGGCGAGGAAAGCUGGGGUCAGUUGUGGUCUGAUCUGUUCGCUGCAGCGCCAGAGAUUGAUGAUAUACAAUGGGAUCUCUUGUUGAACGACUGGGACUUGGCUAUCGAUACAGGAUUCUGAGACGAGUAGGGUUAUCUUAUAUGACGCAGUACUCGUAGCCUUCAGAGUUAAGUAUGGCGGGAGCAGGUGCGAGGACCUAGGAAAUGGUUGUACGUUUCCAACCUAUUGGGGAUCCGGUGUUGAACAUUACCUACUGGUAGUACAUCGACUCCAAUCAAUGAACCUCAGGUCUUAUGGUGCGCUAGGAAUAGCUUCAAGAUCACCACUUCGGGAAUCUUCUUUCCACUGGUAU